GUAGAAGCCUAUGUUUUCAAAAGAAUCUCAUAGAAGAUCAAAUCGUAGAUCAUAUAGAAAAGCUAAAUAAUAUAAAUACAUAUCGAAUGGUAGUUCUACAAGUACAUCAAGUGCGACUGAUGAAGGGUCAAAUGGAAGUUCUUCCAGUGAUGACUACAAACAUUAUGGAUUUCGAAAGGGUGAAUACAUCAAGGACUAUAAAAUAAGAAGACAUAUUUCUGAUGGAACUUUUGGACGAGUUUUGAAAGUGAGAAGAAAUUGGAAAUCCUAUGCCAUGAAGAUAGUGAGAAGGAAUCAUGCUGAAAGUGCUUAGUAAGAAGCAGACAUACUAUUUUAUUUGAAAAAGAAAGAUUUAAAUAGAUAUUUUGUUGAAAUAAUUGAAAGCUUCUAUCAUAGAGGAUAUUAUUGUAUGGUCUUUGAGAGAGUAUUGUUUAAAUUAUAUUGAUUUUUAGCUUGGACCAAGUUUAAGUGAUAUGCUAAGAUUGAAUCAAAAUCGUGGAAUCCCAAUGAAUUUAAUUAGAAACAUUAGCAAAUAAUUAAUUAAAUCCAUUGGGCUCUUACAUGAUACAAAAUUGACUCACACAGAUCUAAAACCAGAGAACAUUCUAUUUAGUAGAAUUCGUCAGUUGUAGAAAUAGAAUGACUUGUAAAAUUAUAUUUAAAUUCUCAUUUAGGUAUCUCCCAGCAGAUAACAGGCUCAAGAUUAUCGACCUUGGUGGAGCAGAAUUCAAUGAUGAAGACCAUAAUUGUAUAAUUAAUACACGUCAAUAUAGAGCUCCUGAGGUUCAGUUGCAAUGUUGCAGAUGGGAUUAGAAAAGUGAUGUGUGGGGAAUAGCUUGUAUCAUCUUUGAAAUGUAUACAGGUAGCAAUGAAUUGUAUAUGCUAGGACAUUUAUUAUUUUAAACAAGGAAGAAUGAAUUCGAACAUAUGGCUUUGGUUGAGAAAAUAACUGAAUAGAGUUUUCCUCAUUGGAUGGCAAGUAACGUGAAGGGAACCUUAAAACAUUGUUUCAACGUCAAAAAUGCCACUAAUGGGAAGUAUUAUAUAUGGCCAUAGGGAACAACUACAAAGGAAAGUAUUCUAAAGGUGAAGAAUCAGCAGACUCUGAGGGAAAUGAUACUUGACCCCUUGCUUAGAGAUUUAUUAGUAAAGAUGCUAGAAAUUGAUCCUCAUAAAAGAAUAAGUUGUUCUUAAGCCUUGGAUCACAAAUUCUUUAUAAAUUGA